AGAUCUUUAAGUCUGAGUUUUUGUUAUUUUGAAGAAAAUUAUCAGAGAUAAUUAAAAUUUAUAUUAAUUGAAUUAAUAGAGUUUAAUUCGUACUACAAAUUAAUUAAAAUAUGGCUGCAUUUCUUAAUCGUAUCGGUCAACUAGGUCUUGGAGUUGCUAUUGUCGGUGGUGUUGUGAAUUCUGCAUUAUAUAAUGUUGACGGAGGUCAUCGUGCUGUAAUUUUCGAUCGAUUUACUGGUAUUAAGCAAGACGUGACAGGAGAAGGAACGCAUUUUUUCAUUCCGUGGGUGCAACGUCCAAUUAUCUUUGAUAUUCGAUCACAGCCAAGAAAUGUUCCAGUCAUAACCGGAUCAAAGGAUUUACAGAAUGUCAACAUUACAUUACGUAUCCUUUAUAGACCAGUUCCAGAUCAAUUACCAAAAAUCUACACAAUCUUAGGUCAAGAUUACGAUGAAAGAGUCUUGCCAUCAAUCACAACAGAAGUGUUAAAAGCUGUUGUCGCACAAUUUGAUGCCGGUGAAUUGAUUACCCAGCGUGAAAUGGUCUCACAAAAAGUCUCUGAGGAUUUAACAGAAAGAGCUAAACAAUUUGGUGUCAUUCUUGAUGAUAUUUCAAUUACACAUUUAACUUUCGGUAAGGAAUUCACCCAAGCCGUUGAAAUGAAACAAGUCGCUCAACAAGAAGCUGAAAAAGCUCGUUUCUUAGUCGAAAAAGCCGAACAACAAAAGAAGGCAACAGUUUUAUCAGCUGAGGGAGACGCAGAAGCUGCAACACUUUUGUCUAAAGCAUUCUCUACUGCUGGUGAUGGUCUUAUUGAAUUACGUAGAAUAGAAGCAGCUGAAGACAUUGCCUAUCAACUAUCAAGAUCAAGAGGUGUCAACUAUUUACCAUCGGGUCAAGGAACACUCUUGAACUUGCCACAAAUGUAAAUUUAGUCUCAGUGUGUGCAUUUAGAAAGGAUAGAGGUCGUAUAAUCAUAAGUUCAGACUCAAAUUAUGUUGGAAGUUAAAAUUGCAAUUUAUGGAACAAUAUUUUUAAUUGAAUUCAAGUUUCUUGCAAUGAAAACUCCUGUAAAAAUAUUGCUCUGAAUAGAACAAGCAUAAAAUAAUGUCAAACAUUAUCCUCAACAUCUUGUAAAGUUUAUGCAUUUUAAUUCUGGCAUUAUAUGGAAUAAAUAAGAAUUGGCAUCAUUUUUAAUAA